AAGAGGAAAUUCAGGAGGAUUUUGAACAAGAUUCGGAGGAAGAUAAUGAAAUAAGGACAGUUAAAGGUAUGCCGAAAUCAACUUAUUAUCGUAAGUUCAGCACUUCCAGUAUUCUUGCCAAUGCUGUCAGAGGAACUUCUAAAAUCACCAGCUUUUUCGGGUCUCCAACAUCAGCAUCAUCAAUGUAUUCAGCGUCUUUGGCAUCUUCAGUAACCCUAAUGUAUUCAGCAUCUUUGUCUUCAGUAACUCCAAUAUAUCCAACUGUGACCAGAUUUGAUAACAAUGAGGAUAUAAGUGAGGAUAGCGAUGAUGGUAGUGGUAGAAAUAGUAGUGAAGAUGCAUCUGUUGCCCUUGGAGAUAUAAUUGCUUAG